AUGUUGGGACAGUCUCACCAUCUGGCUGCUGCCCGACCGUUUCCUGAGGCUUAUCGCGUGCGAAAUGGCGCUUCACCUGACCGGACAGACUUACGCGGAGACCCGCAAUCAUUACGCAGGAAGGAGACCAGACGGGACGAUGACUUCGAGUCCGACAACGAGGUGAAGGCCGAGUCUACAGCUGGACCACCGUCCAAACGGCAGAAAGUGGGCUUCGCAUGCGAUGCAUGCGGUAAGUCCUACACGGAGAAGCGCGCGCUCGCAAGGCACAAACACACCGAACUUCAUCGCCGUACUGUCGGACUUCCACCGCUGGAGAAGUUCGCGUGUACCCAGCCAGGUUGCAACAAAAGCUUCACGCGGGAUCAUGAUCGCGCCAGACACGAGAACGAAGCGCACAAAGGCCGUAAGAGAACAGCCGCUAACGCCAAGGCGACAUUCACCAGCGGACAUCGGCAGGAAAGCGAUGCUACUGAAUCCUCACCCGAGGACCAGGGGAUGCUUGGUGUUGAGGGGAGAGACUUUGUCACCACGAUAUCUCCAGGAAAUGAGUGGAGCCAGUUCUCCAGCGAAAUGGAGAUUGACAGCGAAGCCGCCAAAUGGCGAAGUCACUUGAAAGUCAGCAAAGUGUUGGGCUUAGGGUCGCCUGAGACUGUCACCAUCUUGUCGGAGAGAGCGAGCAGCCGACACUCAAGCGAAAUGGAUGCAGAUAGCGCAUCGGCGAAAUGGCGCAGUCAUCUAAAAGCUAGCAAAAUCCUAGGUCUGAGUCCUCCUGAGACGAUGUCGCCUCACACAGACACAACAUCUAUCUCGCAAGGCUAUCCUGUCAGUCCGAGGGCUGAGGUUCAUCGUCAAGGGAGCCGUGUCGUCGGUGAGACCUUCUUUCUCUCGAGCGAAGAAUCAGAGGAGGAGGUUGUGGGCCCACCAGCACCGAAGAAAAAAAGCUGGUUUCAAGCAGAGUCAGAGGAUGAAGCGUGCGAAGCUUUGCGUCGGCCCAGUACUCAAACUAGUGCUGAAGCCGAAAGAAGCACGUCCAGCGUAGCCGACUCUGCGAUUGACAUGACUGAUUCAUCUAUCCACGAGCCGAAAAGGCCUUCCAUAACGACCUACGACUACCGUAGCGAGCAGCACGAACAGCGGGAAGCCGCCUCGGACGCGUCAUCCUCCAGAAAGCCAUCUGCGGAAAGCCAUCGAUCCGCCACGCAAGCGCCAAGGCGCCCUUCAACAAAUGAGAAGUACCGGCCUAGCAUACCGAUCCGGCCUAAGAUUAGUGUCAUUCAGAAGAACGGCAAGAGCAAAAUUGUUUCCCCAGAAGAGGGUUUGAUCUGCGUCUUUUGCAACCAGCCGUUCGAGAGCGAACAGAGCAAGCUUUGGCCGCAUCUUCAAAAGCACCUCGAGGCGUUCAGCGGUCGAACGGCCUAUACCUGCGACGAAUGUCAGAUCGGCUUUGUCCACAAGUCAGAUUUGCUUAGGCAUCAAACUUGCGUUGAGACGUUCGGCCAUUGCGGAUAUAGCUUCAACCACCAACAACGAUGCACGGGACAUCACUCACCCAAGUUGGACCAGCUAGAGAGUGAGUUCACCGAUCGGGACAGCUUCCUCAUCUGCAGCCAGCUUCGCCAGUGGGAGAUCAAGCAACUACAACUAUAUAUCUCCCAGAUUCAGGACCUGCUCAUGAAGCGGCAAUCACAAGUCAGCAACGUCUUUUCGAUUGAGGCGUUGAUGGGAUCACCUGACGAUUCGUCCUCGAUCUACGCCUUCAGCAUCAAUACCUAUGUCUCUGCGCCGGAUAAGCGGCAGAGCGGCACUAUGGAUAUGGGCGGACUUCAGAAGCGGAUGAAGCAGAUGUCGCUCAAGACCACGCCUCUGCCUGAACGGCAGAACCCGAACAAAGCUAAGUCUUGA